AUGAACAAAAUAAAUUGGAAAUCUUUUGUAUUCGGAGGUGCAUCCAUUUUAGGUGGAAUAUCAGAAAAAAUUACAAAGUUUACGAACAUCGUGGGCAUUAGCAAGCAGAAUGACGCAAUUAACGACGUUUUAUUCUAUGGAGCAGAAGGGGAUAAGGAAAAAAAAGAAUUAGGUUUGAACAAUCUUUUUUCUAUCUAUUAUCUAAUAGUACACGCAAGUCGAACUAUAGAUAUGUGCGUGCCAACUUUAGACAGCGAGACGAUUUCAAAGUGCCUUAUUAACACACAUCAAAAAAACCACGUCAGAGUUCGAAUUAUCGUGCAUAGUAAAGCUACUUUAAAGAGUUUACAGUCAUUUAUUGAGUCAGGAAUAGAGGUAAAGGUAAUUAGCCCGAAAAUAAAAUUGGAACAUGAAUUUUUAUUGAUAGAUGUCAAUUACCAAGAUACCAUAGCCAUUGUGGGCUCUUUAGACUACGAAGUUAAUCGUGUGAAUCACAAUAGAGACAGCACACUCCUCACUUCUGAAGCUACCCUAAUAAAGGCUCUCAAACGAGAAUUCGAUAGAAUUUGGAAUAUUCAAAGUGACCAAGUUGAUCAAACUAGCAGCCAAAAAACACAUGAAAUAGAAGAAAAAGCCAAUGAUUUAUUAAAAAUUGAA